AAAAAAACCUACACCUCUAAGCUAGCCGCUCCCCCUUCUGAUUUUUCAAUCUCUUUUCUCUCAAUUGGAGGAGACAAAAACGGACACGCACUGAGAAGGGGAAAGCAGAUGGAGACGGGAAAAACAUGACACCAAACCUAGCUCCAAAACAGUUGAAAGCCGGUCACAAAAGCACCCUUAAAACAGUCCAAAAAAUGCAGCAACCUUUCCCCCAUGAAUCAGCUCCUUUAGCACCCAAAAUCUAGCCGAAAAACAACCGAAAUCACCCCCAAAAACAGCUCCAAAGAGCAGCAAAAACAACUGCAAAAUUGCUGAAGAAAGCUGUCAAAAUUAACACAAGAACGUCACUCAAAACUCACCCAAAAAACAGCCCAGGAACGCCUCAAAACACCCCCUUAAACUCCAUCGGAACUCAGCCCCAAAGCUCAGCAAAAUCCAGCCAAAAAGGAGCAGUAAAACCAGCUGCGAAAUAGCUCGAAAACAGCUUCAAAACCAGCCCAAAAUCAGUUCCGAAACAUCGUUAAAGUGAGGUAAUGUUCGAGUUCGCCGGUUCGAGGUCCUUGCGAUGUAGCCUUUAAAAGUCUCCAAUCUCGGAUCAGAUUCCUCCCGUAGGCGUUGCUGUUGAGAACAGUCCUACACCUACUCAUUCAGACAAGUCGGUAGAGGAUUCGGAUGACUUUUCUUCUACACCUGAUCUUCAGUCUAAGAAGAAACAUGCUGCAACUAUUGGUCCAUCUUCAUCACCGCCCUAUAAAAAGCACAAAGAACAGUUUAUUCUUCCCUCGAAUACAGAGACUCAAUCCAAGAUUCAUCCUGUUGGUGUAUCUGAAAUUGCACAAAAUGUUUUGCAUCACAAUCAGCCGGCAGAUUCAAAAAAUGAUGAAGUAUCUUCUUUGAGGAAAGACCUAAAUUCAUUCAAAGAAUACGUUGUGGGCGAAUUCAAGUCUCUGAGAUCGUUGAUCAAUGAUAACUUUAAGAUGCUUUCUGAUCAUCUUCAAGACAAUCAGCAAAAAGAAAGUGUACACCAGAGAAAGGAAACCACAGGGAAACGUGAUGAUGGUAUAGAAAUGUCAUAUGAUGCCAACUUACAAGAUAAUCAAAAAUGUCACAGACAGAUUGAUACAGCUGUCGGUGAUAAUAUUGAGAAUACAGUGGUUAAUGCUCUUUGUGUGGAGUCAAGAGUGGAGGGGAAUACUACAUCAGAGGUGCCGUGCAACAUACCACCUAUAGGCCAAGAGGGUGUAUCUACAGAUUACUAUGUAUUGCAAUUUGAGCUGGACGACAAGUUUCUUCCAAGUCAAAUUCCAGAAACUAGAAUUGUGAUACACAACAGUGCAAAAAAUGUUGAAUCAACCCCAUUACCAUCUCAUAGGAAUCGGCGACCAAGUAGAUGGUAUUCUUUGCCUUACGAGUCUAACUUCGACUCCGCAGGUACCUCAGUAAAGUUGACCCCCAUAUUUGAAAGAAGACACCCCUUUGAGGAUGAUUCAAUAACGGGGCCGCAUCCUACAUUAAUCAUUCAGGAAUACGAGAAAUGGGUUCGUGAUGGUCUUCUCGCUAGACAUGAACAGAAAAGUAAUUUGGAAGACCAUUACAAGAAGAACAAGUCAACACUUCAUAUACCAUUGGAUUUUGGAGUUGAUCAAGUCAAUUCAAAAAAUUGGUUUUACCUUCUAUCGUUUGACGGUAAACUAUGGGAUGACAAUGUGAGUUUACCCCUUCCAACUCCAUUAUAAUUCAUUUCUUUAGGAUUGAUUUAUCUAAUUGUAUAAUUCACAAAUUGAGCUCUCACACAAAUUUGUUUUCAAUUAUUUUUAUGUAUUCAAUUGUACUCAAAUGUAUCUUUUACAUCUGUUGUACUAAUUGUAUUCAGAUGUAUUUUAACAUUACUCAGUAGUUGUAUUCUAUAAAGUGGUUGUUAGACCGGCCAUGAUGUAUGGGGCAGAGUGUUGGCCUGUAAAGAACUCACAUAUCCAGAAGAUGAAAGUA